GUCGCCGCCACCGCGCCGCUCGCACUCAAGAUGGCGGCGGUCAGCAUGCGGCUGCCGGUGGCCCGCAAACCGGCGAGGCCGAGCGCACCCCGGGGCGGCGAGAAGAACCUGGUGGCUCCGGGGGACACCAUCACCACGGACACGGGCUACAUGAGGGGCCACGGCACCUACCUGGAGGAGGAGAAGCUGAUCGCCUCGGUGGCCGGCGUUGUGGAGAGGGUGAACAAGCUGGUGUGUGUCAAAGCGCUGAAGACCAGGUACAACGGCGAGGUCGGCGACAUCGUGGUGGGGAGGAUCACGGAGGUUCAGCAGAAGCGAUGGAAAGUGGAAACAAAUUCCAGGCUCGACUCAGUCCUGUUGCUGUCAUCUAUGAAUUUACCUGGUGGGGAACUGAGAAGGAGAUCAGCAGAAGAUGAGCUUGCAAUGAGGGACUACCUGCAGGAAGGGGACCUCAUCAGUGCAGAGGUCCAGUCUGUGUUCUCUGACGGAGCUGUCUCGCUGCACACCCGGAGUCUGAAGUACGGCAAGCUGGGCCAGGGUGUGCUCGUCCAGGUCUCGCCCUCCCUUGUGAAGCGCCAGAAGACUCACUUCCACGACCUGCCCUGUGGUGCCUCUGUGAUCCUGGGCAACAAUGGCUUCAUCUGGAUCUACCCAACCGCAGAGCAGAAGGAUGAAGAGGCCGGGGGCUUCACCACCAACUUGGAGCCGGUUCCCCUGUCUGACCGGGAGGUGAUCUCGCGGCUGCGCAACUGCGUCGUGGCUCUGGUCACGGAGAAGCUGAUGCUGUUUGACACCAGCAUCCUGUACUGCUAUGAAGCAUCCCUCCCUCAUCAGAUCAAGGACAUUCUCAAACCAGAGGUGAUGGAGGAGAUCGUUCUGGAAACCCGACAGAGGCUGCUGGAUGUGGAGGGAUAGGGCCAGAAGCAGUCCUCUGAAGUCCCAGCAUGGCAGCUUUUGAUUCUCAGUGUUACCUUUUCUUCCAGUGUUCUGGUCCCUAACAUCCAUUCCACACUUCAGAAGCCACCAAAAUUCCCCAUUCUAACUCCUAGGAUCCCUCCUGGGCCCUUGCAGGACAAUAGCAUUCAGUAGGCCUUAAGAGCAACAAACAGCCUUUGAGUGCAGCAGCCUCAACAGUUGGUUCCUGCCCUUUAUGAAGGUGCAGAGGCAACUGGGACACUUCUCUUAGCAGCUGUUGCUGUGUCUGGUGCCCCUGAACUUUGUGCAGAACACUGGGGAGCAGGGGAUGUCUUUUGUGAUCUCUCUCUGUCCCCAGAGGCUUUUCCUUGCCUGCCAGUCAGGCCUCUGGGUCUUUC